AAGUACAUACUCUUUCAUCUGCUUCCUUCAUCCUCAGGACACGUGACGGUCCGGAUUCUGCUGAGUAAUAUCGACCAGCGAUCCGGAAGAAUAUGUGAUCCUGGAAAGGGGUCUCUUGGCUGCUCAAAUACAGAAAUCACCACUCCCGAUAGACACUCCUCCAUUCCCCUAUCUCCACACACUGCGGUGGACCAAUCCGUUGGUAAGCAUCUUCUCUCUGCAACUGAAAACUCUAUUUCAACUUGUGUGAGUGAUUGAGCUUGAGCCCUAAGCCGACGUGGUCUGAGAGUUAAACUAUCGUGCCAAGCAUGGGCCAGGCCGAGUUUAACGCCAGAACGGACGCCAGCGCCGAGAUAUCCGCAUUCGCAGUUCGACCAGAACCAGACUCUGAACCCAUGUCAGAAAAACAAGGAAAGACAGAGACAGACGCAGAGACAGAGGCAGGCGGGACGGAAGUUCCUGCAGAGAGAAAUGGCGAGGAUGAUGUUGAGCGGACAGCAAAGAAAUCACUAGCCUUUAAACUCGCUUUCAUAGGCCUCGCUGCCAGCAUGUUUGUGUUCCAGGUGGAUGCAACGGCCCUCGGUAUCGCCCUUCCAACCAUAGCUGCUGAUCUCAAGGGCGAGAGUUUGGAGUCCUUCUGGGCGAACUUGUCCUACACCCUAUGUGGCCUCGUCAUGCAACCGGUGUGGGCCAGUAUCUCCACCGCGUUCGGUCGGAAACCGCCUCUCUACGUCUCCAUGGCCUUAUUCUUCAUCGGAUCCAUCGUCUUUGCCGUGGCCCAAAAUAUGAACACGGUUAUCGUCGGCCGCGUCCUUCAAGGGUUCGGAGGUGGAGGCAUUGACGUGCUGGCAGAGGUGAUCCUCGCAGAUAUGACGACGCUGCAGGAACGCUCGAAAUAUCUGGGCUUGAUGGCCAUUCCCAUGGCGAUUGGCAACAUCAUGGGGCCCUCAGUGGGUGCACUGUUCGCGACUUAUGCGAGCUGGAGAUGGAUUGGAUGGGUGAACUUGCCGUUGCUAGGGAUCGGUACACCCUUGGUGUUCUUCUUCCUCAAGCUACGACCAGUCCCCCUCGAUGCAUCGCUAGCCAAGAAUUUGAACCGCCUCGAUUGGAUUGGUAUGGUGUUGGUCGUCGUCGGGAUCACGAUCUUUGUGUUACCCCUCAGUUGGGCGGGCUCCUUAUUUCCAUGGGGUGCCUGGCAGACUCUCGUGCCACUGUUCUUAGGGGUUGCGGUACUGGUCAUAUUUGCUUUCUACGAAGCGAAACCCGAAGCCCCUAUUGUUCCUCAUCGACUCUUCCACUCGAAGACUGGAAACAUGACGUUAGCCGGAGGCUUCCUCCAUGGCGCGGUCCUGGUCUCGCUAUUGCAGUACCUACCCUUGAUCUACCAAGCCGUACAACUCGAAACUGCCAUUUUAUCGGCCGUCUCCCUGCUGCCCACCGUCAUCAUUAGCGUGGUGGUCGCCGCUGCCUCCAUGAUGUUGGUUCCGUGGUUUGGUGGAUAUGUAUGGAUUCUGAGGCUGGCAUGGAUCAUACUCACGCUGGGAACCGGCUUGCUGGCCCUGUUCGACGUAGGAUCGUCGUCAUCCAUGCGGCUCGGACUUCCCAUCCUCUGGGGAGCGGGUGUUGCCUUGCUGCGUCUCAACCUUCUUCCCAUGCAGGCGAGCGUCAAAAACGUCGACGACACAGGCCUGGCGAUCGGACAAUUUCUCACAAUCCGCAUGUUUGGCGGUCUCGUCGGCCUCACGAUCUCUGCAACCAUUUUCAACUCUGUCUUCUCGACAUCCAUCUCCGCCACUACAGUCCAACUUACCGGUCCUCUGGCGCCUCUCGAGGACGUCACCAAUGCGGUUGCCUUUAUUGACAAGCUAAGAUCAACAGACGUUCCUGCUGAAACGCUUGAUCGGGUUCUGAGGGUCUAUCUAAAGUGCUUCCAGACGAUCUUUUACACAAUGACGGGGCUUAGUGGACUGGGGUUGGUGACUUCGCUGUUCGUGGAUGAGAUUGAUCUGAAGUCGCAGGGUUUGGGGAACCAGCGCUUCGAGGAAUAGUCGGGGG